UGACGAAUGUCAGUUGAAUAGCACAGCCAAAAAAAGUUAAGCAUUUUUAAAAUUGUUGUAGGUAUUUAUAUUUUCAACUUAUAUAUUGUUUUAUAAUUAUAGUAACGGUGAACUUACAUCUUACUGCUAUAGUGACGGUUGGUAACGGAUAUGGCUGCAGAAUAUCUUAAAGUGGGACUUAAUAUUAACAUAAAAAGAACCGAUGGACGAGUACAUACGGCUAUGGUUUCUGCGAUUAACAUUGAUCAGCGGUGUGCCACCGUGGAAUGGUUUGAACAGCACGAAACUAAAGGCAAAGAAAUUGACUUGGCCACCAUAGAGUCUCUCAACCCCGACAUAAUUAUGUUAAAACCGGGGGAAGAACCGAAAUUCAAUAAGUUGCAAAGGAACUCUACACAUAGACAAAUAGGAGGAAAGACUAAUAAUGGAAUAGUAGGAUCAGCACGCAACCGUCCUACACCGCAACCGCUAGUGGCGCAGCCUAACGGUCAUACUGCAAUUUCAGAUAACACUUUAAUUCCUGUUGUUCCUAAAGAAACAGUAAACAUCCCUAGCAGUAGAGUUACAAAUAUACAGAACCCACGAAGAAGUAAUGUAGUCAAAGAAGUAGAAAAAUUAAAGAAAAAUAGGGAGGAGAGGCGGCAAAGACAAGCAGAAGAAAAGGAAGCAAAAGAGGCCUUUUUGAAGAUGGACCCCGGAAAUCCACACUGGGAGCUGCUAAACAUGAUCAUGGAGUAUCGGCGAGGUUUGGAGAUCAAACCCCUAUCAGAAAACGAUGCGAUUGAAGACCAUCUUAUCACAGUCUGCGUGAGGAAGAGGCCUCUGAACAAGAAAGAGAUGGCAAAGAAAGAAGUGGACGUGAUCACAAUACCGAGCAAGAAUCAGCUGAUCGUUCACGAACCGAGAAACAAAGUCGAUUUGACGAAGUAUUUGGAAAACCAGCUGUUCAGAUUUGACUAUGCGUUCGACGAGUCUUGCUCAAACGAAUUAGUUUAUAAGUACACAGCACAGCCUUUAAUCAAAACAAUUUUCGAGGGGGGUUUUGCCACCUGUUUCGCGUACGGUCAAACCGGCUCGGGCAAGACUCACACGAUGGGCGGCGACUUUAAAGGCAAGGACCAGGACUGUCAGAAAGGGAUCUACGCCAUGGUGUCCGCCGAUGUUUUUCGGUUGACCAAUUCGUCCAAGUAUCGCCACCUCAACCUCGUCGUCUCCUCCAGCUUCUUCGAAAUCUAUUCGGGCAAAGUAUUCGACCUUUUAAACAACAAGGCCAAGCUGCGAAUACUGGAAGAUGGAAAACAGCAAGUUCAGGUGGUCGGGCUUACGGAGAAGGUCGUUUCCACGACGGAGGAAGUACUGAAAUUGAUACAGAAGGGUAACCAAGCUAGGACAUCAGGACAGACGUUCGCCAACGCGAACUCCUCCAGAUCUCACGCAGUAUUUCAGAUAUAUUUACGGUCCAAUAAUAAUAUGUCGAAAAUCCAUGGGAAGUUUUCGCUUAUCGACCUCGCGGGAAACGAAAGGGGGGCUGAUACAUCUUCAGCAAAUCGACAAACAAGAAUGGAAGGUGCUGAAAUCAACAAGUCUCUUCUCGCUCUGAAAGAAUGUAUUAGAGCUUUAGGACGACGCGGUGCUCACUUGCCAUUUAGGGUGAGCAAGUUAACUCAGGUGCUCAGAGAUUCGUUCGUCGGGUCCAACUCGAGGACGUGCAUGAUUGCCAUGAUUUCCCCCGGAGUUAGUUCUUGCGAACACAGUCUGAACACGCUCAGAUACGCCGACAGGGUGAAGGAGCUUGGCGGAGGCGAUCUACAAACCAACACCGGCUCAGAACCUGAGCAGGACGAUGAUGGGGACCUUCUGCAGUUGAGAUCAUUUAAUGAAAAUGACAUGACUCUUGAAAUGCUUAACUUUCACCAAGUUAUUUCGGAGCUUCAAGUUGCCGAAGACAAUAUGCUGGACUACCACAAGCAAACCAGUGACGCCAUGCUUUUAGCUUACCAAAAAUCAGUGGAGUUGCUCAGGGCCACAGAGGAUGUAGAUUAUGACCAGGAAGCGUACUGUCGAAAAUGGGAUGAAAUCUUGAACAAAUUCAUCGGCACUUUAACAAAAGCUAAGGAGUAUGUAGAAGAUUACAAAAACAAACUGGCAGCCGAAGAGCAGCUUAGUCGCAAAACAUCCAAGAGAAAAUAAACGUAAACCAGCUUUAACUAGUAGGAAAAACUCUGUUAAUUUUUUUCUAUCGAGUUUUGUAUAUUAAUUCUUUUUUACCCCCCACCCCCCUACUCUUUGUUAUUUAUUACUUUUUUAUAUUUUGAAUUACUAAUUUAUUUUUUACUUGGCCAACUUAUUAAGGUGAUACGGCCCUAACUCUUUAAGCUUUUAAGUAAAAAAAAAACUAAUAAAGAAAUCACAUUCCUGUGACGUGAACUACCAACGGUUUUUUUUUCGUUUGUAACCCGCAUUGAAGUCAGUGAGCCCCCCAGUGAUUUUUUUUAUAGAUUUUUUUGUUCCGAACGUCUUUUGAGAUGAAGUAUUCCUAUGUGCAUGCAUUUAUUUUUCAAUAUGGUGUUAA